AUGCGAGAGCGUGUUCAAGAAACUGUCUCCGCUAAUCGCAACGAAAUUGUCUCUCUCCUUUCCAGGUACGUGGAUCAGGGGAAGGGUAUUUUGCAGCCCCAUCACCUCCUCGACGAGAUUGAGAAUAGCAUUAGUGAUCAUACUUCCCGCCAAAAGCUUACAGAUGGUCCUUUUGGCGAAAUCCUCAAGUCCGCACAGGAAGGCAUAAUUCUUCCUCCAUACGUAGCUUUAGCGGUUCGUCCGAGACCAGGUGUUUGGGAAUUUUUGCGUAUAAAUGUUAACGAACUAAGUGUAGAGCAGCUGAGUGUUGCUGAAUACCUUGUUUUCAAGGAGGAACUUGUGGAUGGACAGAGUAAGAGCCCUUUCGUGCUUGAGCUGGAUCUUGAACCAUUCAAUGCUACAUUUCCUCGAAUGUCACGCUCGUCAUCCAUUGGCAAUGGAGUUCUGUUCCUCAACCGCCACCUCUCUUCAGUUAUGUUCCACAAUAAGGAUUGUAUGGAGCCGCUUCUGGAUUUCUUUCGUGCCCAUAAACAUAAGGGAUAUGCAAUGAUGUUGAAUGACCGGAUACAAACCAUGUCUAGACUCGAGUCUUCUCUGGCAAAAGCAGAGGAUUAUCUUUCCAAACUACCACCUGAUACGCCCUACUCUGAGUUUGAAUAUGUAUUGCAAGGAAUGGGGUUUGAAAGGGGCUGGGGAAACAAUGCUGAAAGAGUUCUUAAUAUGAUGCAUCUUCUCUCUGACAUUCUACAAGCACCUGAUCCCUCUUCUCUUGAAAAUUUUCUUGGAAAGAUACCAAUGGUUUUCAACGUUGUCAUAUUAUCCGUCCAUGGUUACUUUGGGCAGGCGAAUGUUUUGGGUUUGCCGGAUACUGGUGGCCAGGUUGUAUAUAUAUUGGAUCAAGUGCGUUCCUUGGAGAAUGAGAUGUUACUAAAAUUAAGGCAGCAAGGACUUGAUAUCAAACCUAAGAUUCUGAUCGUGACUCGCUUGAUACCUGAUGCCAAAGGUACUUCAUGCAACCAAAGGUUGGAGAGAGUCAGUGGAACUGAACAUACCCAUAUAUUACGUGUUCCUUUUAGGACUGACAAAGGGAUUCUUCGUAAAUGGAUAUCAAGGUUUGAUAUAUGGCCUUACAUUGAGGCGUUUACGGAGGAUGCUGCAAGCGAAAUUGCAGCCGAAUUAAAGGGUGUUCCAGACCUGAUAAUUGGGAACUACAGUGAUGGCAAUCUGGUUGCCUCGUUGCUAUCUUACAAAAUGGGAGUAACCCAGUGCAACAUUGCACAUGCAUUGGAGAAAACAAAGUAUCCGGAUUCUGAUCUAUAUUGGAAGAAAUUCGACGACAAGUACCACUUUUCUUGUCAAUUUACUGCCGACCUUCUAGCCAUGAACAAUGCGGAUUUUAUCAUCACCAGCACAUACCAAGAGAUUGCAGGAACGAAGAAUACUGUUGGACAGUAUGAGAGUCAUUCAGCGUUCACUCUUCCAGGUCUGUACAGGGUUGUUCAUGGUAUUGAUGUGUUUGAUCCAAAGUUCAACAUCGUGUCUCCAGGGGCAGAUAUGACCAUUUACUUCUCAUAUGCUGAAAAAGAGAAACGACUUACAUCUCUGCAUGCCACAAUUGAGAAGCUGUUGUACGACCCUGAGCAGAAUGAUAUCCAUGUUGGUAAUAUAAGUGACCCGUCUAAACCCAUGAUUUUCUCGAUGGCGAGGCUGGACCAUGUGAAAAACAUCACAGGUUUGGUUGAGUGCUAUGCCAAGAAUGGGAAGCUGAGGGAAGUGGCAAAUCUUGUUGUGGUUGCUGGAUACAAUGAUGUGAACAAGUCCAGUGACAGAGAAGAGAUCGCAGAAAUUGAGAAAAUGCAUCAUCUUUUUAAGCAAUACAACUUGGAUGGUCAGGUCAGAUGGAUAUCCGCCCAAACCAACAGAGCUCGAAAUGGAGAACUGUAUCGCUAUAUUGCUGAUGGAAGGGGAAUUUUCGUCCAGCCUGCUUUCUAUGAAGCUUUCGGGCUUACAGUGGUAGAGGCAAUGACUUGUGGACUCCCAACGUUUGCCACAUGUCAUGGUGGUCCAGCUGAGAUUAUCGAAGAUGGCGUGUCUGGGUUCCAUAUCGAUCCAUAUCACCCUAAUAAGACAUCUGCAAUAAUGGCUGAAUUUUUUCAUAAGUGCAAGGAAGAACCCACUUACUGGGUCAACAUAUCUGAUGCUGCCCUCAAAAGAAUAAGCGAACGGUACACAUGGAAGAUCUACGCAGAACGGUUGAUGACAUUGGCUGGAGUUUACAGCUUUUGGAAGUACGUCUCAAAGCUCGAGAGGCGUGAAACCCGACGAUACCUUGAGAUGUUUUACAUUCUAAAGUUUCGUGAACUGGUGAAGUCCGUUUCGCUAGCUGUUGAUGAUUAAUUAUGAUCAGCCUUAGGAG